CCCCCGCCCCGCGCGCCGCGCCUGGGUCCCCGCCCCGUCCGGCGUGCAGGGCUCUGGGUGUGGUCGCCGUCUUGUGUGGCGGAGCGAGCUAGCGGUUCGCGACCCGCAGCCGGGCGCCCAGCAGUAGCGCAGUGGUGGCGGCCGGGCUCCAGCUCUUCACUUGAGACGCCUGAGGGAAACCACCAGGCAGAAUGAGCGAGCUGGAGCAGCUGAGGCAGGAGGCUGAACAGCUUCGGAAUCAGAUCCAGGAUGCUCGGAAGGCCUGCAAUGAUGCCACGCUGGUUCAGAUCACGUCUAAUAUGGACUCCGUGGGCCGAAUACAAAUGCGAACAAGGCGCACACUGCGCGGCCACCUCGCUAAGAUCUACGCCAUGCACUGGGGAUAUGAUUCCAGGCUACUAGUCAGUGCUUCGCAAGAUGGAAAAUUAAUUAUUUGGGAUAGCUAUACGACAAAUAAGAUGCACGCCAUCCCUCUGAGGUCCUCCUGGGUGAUGACCUGUGCCUACGCCCCGUCCGGGAACUACGUUGCCUGUGGAGGCUUGGACAACAUCUGCUCCAUAUACAACCUAAAGACCCGAGAGGGGAAUGUGCGGGUGAGCCGAGAACUGCCAGGACACACAGGCUACUUGUCCUGCUGCCGAUUCUUAGGCGAUGGACAAAUCAUUACAAGCUCGGGAGACGCGACUUGUGCUCUGUGGGACAUCGAGACCGGACAGCAGACUACGACCUUCACAGGACACUCGGGUGACGUGAUGAGCCUCUCACUGAGUCCUGACUUGAAGACCUUUGUGUCUGGUGCUUGUGAUGCAUCCUCAAAGCUGUGGGAUAUCCGAGAUGGGAUGUGUAGACAGUCUUUCACCGGACACAUCUCAGACAUCAACGCUGUCAGUUUCUUCCCGAGUGGAUAUGCCUUUGCCACUGGUUCUGAUGAUGCCACCUGCCGACUCUUUGACCUCCGUGCAGACCAGGAGCUCCUGCUAUACUCUCAUGACAAUAUCAUCUGUGGCAUCACUUCUGUGGCCUUCUCAAAGAGUGGGCGCCUCCUGCUAGCAGGCUAUGAUGACUUCAACUGCAGUGUGUGGGAUGCUCUGAAAGGAGGCCGGUCAGGUGUCCUUGCUGGUCAUGACAACCGUGUUAGCUGCUUAGGUGUGACUGAUGACGGCAUGGCUGUGGCCACUGGCUCCUGGGACAGUUUUCUUAGAAUCUGGAAUUGAGUACCAUAUUUUCUGUUCUCCAAUGAUAUCUGGAGAAAUCCAUGUUACAGCCUAUAGCUGUGAGGAAAAAAAAACCCUCGACCUUCUAUUUGCAGAUGAAGUUUUUCUAUUGAGGUGACUAUUUAUAGCAGCGUUCAAUAAGCUGUAGUUUAUUGAAACUGUUGUGACAUAAAUGGUGGUCAGAGAAACAAUCAAGAUUAAGAUCCCUUGCUGUGGUCAAAGGCCAGGGUAUUCAUUGAGUGGUCGUCUUGACUUGAACCUGACAAAUUCUUGCUUGUGCUAAUUGUUUUUCUGUAGAUUAGAGUGCACACUUUAUAGCAGACAACCAUUUGUGUUUGCCAUUUUAAGGACUACCAUUGAACUUUGUAUAUAUAUAAGAAAUGCCACAUUUUUAAAGUGUUGUCAUUGGAAGAACAAGGAAGGGCCUGUGAUAGACAGAAGUGAUGCUGUAGAUUAUGUGCUGCCUGAAGGAAGUCCCCUUGGACUGUGACAUCGCAUUUUAAUCUGAAAGUCCAACUGCUUCGUGGUUAGGUGGCUAAGAGGUGAGGUGGUUCUGAGGGACCCAGUGGCUGUUCAUGCAUUCUUUGCCAUUCUAGGGAUUUAAGUAAGUGCUCAUUUUCAGUCCUUUGAGGGGACAGGUGAUAUGAAGGCCAGGGGGUAAAGAUUUCACUUUGACAUAGGGUACACCCUGAAGAAAUGUCAUUACAGUUUAUUACAUUAGAAACCAAUAGACACUGGUAUGUGGUUUUUGGUAUUUUAAGAAGCUCAGCCAUUUGAAACAUUGGACCUUGCUGUUAAUUUUGCCUUCUGAAACGAAGUUUGUAGAAAGUACUAGUAUUUGAGAAGUCUGACAAAAACCUGACUUGUCUCUGCAUCUGGAGACACUUGCCUGGUAUUCUCUGUAAUGAGAGGAAACAGUGUCUCACCUUCUAACAUUUUUGAGAAGUGUAAACUCAUCCAUUCAACUGGCACAAAUAUAUGUAUGAUUUAUAUGUCACACAUACAUAUGUAUAUAUAUACACACACACAUAUACACAUAUAUAUGAUGGCUUUGUGAAUUCUGUGUAAUGUAAAAUCUAUGUAAUGUAAAAACAGGUAUAAACUAUUUGUACCCUUGAACUUUUACUUUUCCAUUUUUGUGGUGCUGCCGAAAUCUAGGCCUUGUGCCACUAGCCAAGUGCUGUACUUAGUACAUCCCUAGCUCCUCAGAUCCAAGCUUUCUGCUGCCGUGUAGUACUGUUCUCCGUAGCAUGAUGUAGUCAAGGAGCUUACUGCAAAACUAGUCUAGAGUUGGCCACUCCUGGAGCCUAAAACAUUGUUUCAAAGGGGCUCAGCUGGCAGCAAAGAUGCGCCGACUGUUCAGUAGUGUCUGUCACUGGGAUGUCCCGCCUCCUAACGGAACAGACAGCUCUCCUCUUCAGUUUUCUCCUGUAGAUUCAAAUGAUUGACAGUAACAGACGGUUAUGUCUUGCUGGUGCUGUCUCCUUGGGUUACUUGGAUGUAUGCAAGCACACUGUAAAGCUGCUGUCUAGCAGUAUCUGUGUUAAAGCUGAUCACCUGUAACUGUAACCUUAAUACUUCCAAACUGAACCUGUGAGUUUUCAUCCUUGUACUGUGAAUGUGCCCAUGUACAUAACAGCUGUGAGCAGACCAGCAUCCCUUUUGUUUAUGAAAAUCAAUUAUCUUAAUACAGUGGGAAGAGCCUUCGCCCACACAGCUCUAGGGUCCGACCUGACCAGGGCAGAAAGGGAAUGAAAAACAGACACAGGAAAGCUGGGGUUGGGUAGACUGGACACUGAUGGAGAAACCAGCACCCAGAAAGUCAGAGUUUAUUCCAUGGAGAAGCACAAAGAGGCAGUGCUGUUGUAUACAGAUAAAAAAAGGAGGAAUACUGCUGGAUCAAGGAGACAGGUUUAGCCAAUCUCUUCAAGAGCAGUCCCUAUAUGUAGGGAAGCAAUCCUCAGGCUGUAAAUAUCCGGAUGGGGGUCAGGGAGCUAAGGUACACAUGUUCUACACAUACCAUCAACACUCAUGCUCAACCCAGGAGGACUCUGCCAUUCUCGUGGGUCUAAGGUAAGGGUCCGUGAUAUGGCAGUCACUCUGGAUGUCCUCUGCUCCCUACAGGAUAGAGGUGAACUGAGAUACAGUAUUGACGAGAAACAGACCAUCAAUGGCAGGUGUGAAUGUGUACCUUAAUCCUUAAUUUGCGGGACCCCUUUGCUCUUGUCUAUUUGUGCAAUACGGAGUGCUCUCAAAUAGGGCACAAAAAGAAAAACUGACAGUGCUGAAUGAAGUCUAGCCUUCCUUGUAUUUCUGCCCAGAAAGUGUUCUAUUGCUGUGUUGUAUCUGCAGCCUGCCCACCCAAGCCAGAGCUGAAGCGCAUGAGGAUCCUGAUCAUCCCAGAAGGGUGUGUGUCUGCUGUGUGGCUCAGAAUUCAUCCUAAAACCUCGCUCAAAACAGCAUUUCUAUUAGGUAUAAAGGGGGCUUAGUCUGGGGUAGAGUGCUUGCAACGCAAGGCCCUGGGUUCAGUUCCUAGCUCUGUGUGUGUGUAUGUGUGUAUAGUCAUACUAAAAGAAUUCUAUGGUCGUAAAUAUUUUUAAAUGUUACUUACGGCUGGAGAGAUAGUCAGCAGCAGUUAAAAAGAGGUGUCACUCUUGCAGAAGACCGGGGUUUGAUUCCCAGCACCCACAUGGCAGCUCAAACUGUCUGUUGCUUCAGUCCCGGGAUAUUUGACUUCCUCACCCAAAUACAUCCAUGCAGGCAAAACAUCCACACACUUAAAAUGGUUUAAAAGGAAGCUCCUUUGUUAAUAAAAGUCUGCAUGGAACAGAACUUGAAGGUUUCCCUUAAUAUGUAUCUGGAGAGAGACCAUGAUGGCCGUGUGGCUAACUGCACACAGCACCAACUGCUGACAAGAAAUUGCUUUCUUAUGGUUGGUGUCUUUAGGGUUUCUCUGCAGUUUCUGCUGUGGUUAAAUACAUUGGCUUGCUGGAGAGUUCCUGAAAUUAGCCUGCAUAAUGUGCCUUAGCAGGUUGAUGCAUAACAUCAGAGAAAAGUCGUCCUUCAGAUUGGCAAGAUUUGUAACAUUUUUGCUGUGACUCCUGCCCUGGCCUCGAGCUUGGUCUACAGGCAGAUGCCAGUAUGCCACUCUGCCUAAGUAUACUGUAGUAUUGUAAAGGCACAAGUUCUUUCCUAAAACAAUGUGACCACCAUUUGGUUGAGUGAACACCCCAAAAUGCUGUUCAGCAAAGACAUCUCUAUCUCCCUUAAGAUGAACAAGCUUCAUCUUGGCAGCUGUGAUAUAUCCCAGGUCCCUUUCUAGCAAAUACUUUUAAGUCAUGUACUGUAUUGAAUCACAAACUCAUGAAAGCAAAAUGUUGGGGCCUGUCACUUCAAGAGCAAAAGUCUAAAGUGGCUGUCAUUUAAUGGCACAAUGUUUCUGGAAUGCUAAGGAAUUUUAACCUAUUAAAGGAGAAAUGAAGAUAGGUGUGGCAAUGCAUGCUUGUUAUCCUUCACCUGGGAGGCUGACACAGUGCAGAGCUGAGGCCAGCCCGUCAGGGCUAUCAGAUGGGAACUUUAUCCCAGAGGCUGGGGGGACAGCUCAGUAGUCAAGCCUGCUUAGUAUUAUUGCACAGGACCUGAGUUUAGUUCCCAUUUCAGGUGGCUAACAACUGCCUUUAACUUCAAGGGAGCCAAAGCCCUCCUCAGGCACCUGUACACACAUAGUUUAAAAAGAAUCCUUUUCUUUUAAAAGGAAAAAAACCCUUUAUUUUAAUAAAAAGUAAUUUUAUUGCUGAAAGUACUCUCUAAUCUUGUUGCUGUUUUAGACUUAGUAGUAAAACUUAAGACAUCAUUUCAGAAGUGAAACCAUCCAGGGAAAUUACCUGGAUAUGAACAUCUUAGACUUUGAACUGCAAUGUGCUUUGUUACUGACUAGCUUAGGAAAAGCUGAAUACGCAAUCCCCUUAGAUAGGCCUGUCAUCAUUUCAUAGGGAGCAUACUUUUAGAAUCUGCACAUCACACGAGGCUUGUACAAAUCCUUACAUACUGUGUUCAGGUGCUGAUUCUCUGGCCACAGUGGAAAGCAUACCAUUGUAAAAUGGCAUCUUGGCCAGUUAGAAAUGUAAAAGCCACCCACCAGCGAGUGUCCUUUAUAGGGAGACUGUCUUAAAUGAGACUGUGGAAAGUGAAGCACACAGCUGACUCACUUCUGCUUCUCAUUUGUUACAACAGGUACUCAACAGAUGUCUACCCCCAAACUAAAUAGCUGGUUUUGUAAAGCAGGUGUAACAAUGUAGCAUUAUGAGAAAAAUACUUGUGUCAACUAGUAUGAAAUGUAGCCAACAGACUCUUCCAUAGCAACUCCGGAAAACUCUGACUUCAGUGCUUCAGCAGCAGGGUGUCCCGUCCUUUUCUGUCUUUAUGCAAUUGUGCUCUAGAGUAUUAUUGUCUCACCUAAGGCACAAGAUAGCCCACACCUCAAGUGUGCCUUUAAGCCAGUUUGAGUAUUUCUCUAUGGGGUAUCUUGGAGGCAUUUUUCUCCUCCUAAAAUAAGUUUCAACACAUGAAACCAACUGACUGAAUGCCAGCCAUGCCUAAAGCUUAACUAUAGAAGCGGGGACUUAUGCCAUGGUUCACAGUAUUCUGAGGCAUGACAGGCACACCCCUCUAUCUGUACAUUGGCUUGUGAAAUACUGUUGCAGCAAGCUCAUACUGUAAUCAAUAAAGUGCU